UGCCACACAAAUCAUCUUUUAUUUCUCUUUCCCUUUUGCUGCGCAGCUAAUGUUGACCGGAGUUUCCCGCUUCCAAGUUGGACCACCAUCUAUAGCUUGGCGUCGCGGCUGGGACCCACAGGCCACAGCGGAAGAAGCACACGAUUCCUCAAUGAUUAAUUCAGGAUAAAUGACGACUUUCUGGAAGAGAGCACUGACCAGCAGACAUGAAGGUUCACUCUGAGCAGGCCUGGAAAUUGCUCUAUCACAAUCCGCCAUGUCUGGGUUUCUGCUUUCUCACCAGUUUUCUUGGAGUUUCGUAGAAGGCGAUCCUCUCGUCAUCAACCCGGUCUUUCUUCGGGCCGUCUCUGCUUCACUCCACGUCGUUUUGUCGCUCUAUCUUCUUAUACAUUGUUGGUCAGUGAAGAAGGCGAAAAACAAUGGUGUUGAACAUAUAGAGGAAGACCAGACAGAUGACCACGACAUGGGCGGCCGUGUUCCUAAACCAAAUUUCCGGCACCUGAAAACAGCACUUCUAUCUUGUUUGAGUCUCUCGCUUCUGAACUUUGUUCUCUGUUUUCUAUCUCAGUUUUAUUGGUAUAGAAAUGGUUGGUCUGAUGAAAAGACUCUAACCCUUUUGGAUUUCUCAAUAAAAACCAUUACUUGGUUGGCAAUCUUCUCUGUAUUGCUCACUCAAUUGAGUUCAGGUGAAAUGAUUAAAUACCCAUUUGUUUUAAGAGUCUGGUGGGGCUUUUUCUUCGCCCUGUCAUGCUAUUGCCUAGCCGUAGACGUUGUUUAUUACAAAAAGAACGGUAACUUACCAACCCAAUAUUGGAUUUCUGACGUAGUUUCUUCUGUGCUGGGCUUAUUACUCUGUUUGGUGUGCAUUUUGGGUGGAAAGGAGGGUGGGUAUGAGCUUCUUAGGCAACCCCUAUUGAAUGUUGGGGGCAGAAAUGUUUCACAAGUAAACGAACUAAGUUCUGGGGAUGAAACUGUGACUCCCUUUGCCAAAGCCAACUUUUAUAGUAAACUGACAUUCUCUUGGAUGGGUCCUCUAAUUUCUGUUGGCAGAAAGAAAACAUUGGACCUUGAGGAUGUUCCUCAGCUUUCUGGUUUGGAUAGUGUUAUAGGGGCUUAUCCAAUCUUCCAAGAUAAUGUAGUAGAAACCGCUAGUGAAGGGCGUGACAGUAACAAAUUAACUACAUCCAUGCUUGUGAAAGCUUUAGUUCUCACAGCAUGGAAGGACAUUCUAUUAUCUGCCUGCUAUGCGGCUUGUAAUACACUUGCUUCAUAUGUUGGACCUUACCUCAUCGAUACCUUUGUUAAAUUCCUGAAUGGAAAUCUAGAAUCUAGGGGACAAAAUGAAGGUUACCUAUUGGUUUCUGUGUUCUUUGUAGCAAAGAUUGUUGAGUGCUUGUCGAUGAGGCAUUGGGGUUUCAAGGUGCAGCAAGCUGGGUACAGGGGUCAUGCUACACUGGUUGCCAAAAUCCACGAUAAGAGCUUGACACUUUCAUGUCAUUCAAAGCAGACUUACACGAGUGGAGAGAUAAUCAAUUUUAUGACUGUAGAUGCUGAAAGGAUUGGUGACUUUGGUUGGUACAUGCAUGACCCUUGGAUAGUACUGCUACAGGUCGGCCUUGCACUUGCCGUCCUCUACAAGAAUCUGGGACUUGCUUCGGUCGCGGCUUUAGUUUCUACAGUUAUAGUAAUGUUGGCAAACAUCCCUCUAGGGAAAUUGGAAGAGAAUUUCCAGGAAAAACUUAUGAAAUCAAAAGAUACUAGGAUGAAGGCAAUGUCUGAAGUCUUAAGGAACAUGAGAAUCCUCAAACUUCAAGCAUGGGAGAUGAAAUUUUUUUCCAAAAUCAUUCUACUAAGAAAUAAUGAGGCAGGAUGGCUUAAAAAAUUUGUUUACACGUCAUCUAUGUCUUCUUGUGUGUUUUGGAUGGCUCCAACAUUUGUGUCUCUGGCUACCUUUGUCACUGCAAUGCUUAUGGGGAUUCCACUUGAAUCAGGGAAGGUACUCUCUGCACUUGCCACAUUUAGGAUACUCCAGCUGGCAAUCUACAACCUUCCCGAUACAGUUUCAUAUAUGGUUCAGACUAAAGUUUCCCUUGAUCGAAUAGCAUUGUUUCUUUCCCUUGAUGAACUCAAACCAAAUUCCAAAGAGAAGCUUCGAAGGGGCAGUUCUGAUGUAUCAAUUGAGAUUGUUGAAGGAAAUUUCAGUUGGAUUGAACACCCUACUCCAACACAACUUCUUAAGGACAUUAACCUUAGGGUUCAUAAUGGCAUGAGAGUUGCCAUUUGUGGUACCGUCGGGUCGGGAAAGUCAAGUUUGCUAACUUGCAUUUUGGGUGAAAUGCCCAGAAUAUCAGGAAGUGUUAUGAUCUGCGGGACAAAGGCAUAUAUUUCACAGUCACCAUGGAUACAGAGUGGGAAAAUUGAAGAAAAUAUAUUGUUUGGUAAGAAGAUGGACAGAGAGAAAUAUGAAACAGUUAUUGAAGCAUGUUGCUUAAAGAAAGAUUUGGAAGUCUUUUCGUUUGGUGAUCAAACAAUCAUAGGUGAGAGGGGUAUCAACUUGAGUGGUGGGCAGAAGCAAAGAGUGCAGAUUGCACGUGCUUUGUACCAAGAUGCUGACAUUUAUCUUUUUGAUGAUCCAUUCAGUGCAGUAGAUGCUCAUACUGGAACACAUCUGUUUAAUGCAAGUACCCACCUAGUGCUAAUUCACGAUAUUGUGUGAACCUGAAAUGAGCAUAUAACUAAUCCCUUGUGGAACUUCCUUUCAUAUAUGCAUGCUUGAUAGGAGUGCAUUUUGGGGCUGCUGAAGUCGAAGACAGUAGUAUAUGUUACGCAUCAAAUAGAGUACUUGCCCGCUGCAGAUCUGAUCUUGGUUAUGAAAGAUGGAAGGGUUUCACAGUCCGGAAAAUACAACGAUAUUCUCAAUUUGGGCAGUGACUUUAUGGAACUAGUGGGUGCUCACAAAGAAGCUUUAUCUGUAAUAGAUGACUUUGGGGGAAGAGAGGGAGUCACUAGUAAAGUAAACAGUAGCUUGACUAGUAAUAAGAGUACUAUGUUUCAAAAUGAAGAAGAAGGUGACAGUGGGCAAAGUGGUAAGCCCAACAAUGCUUUGGAACCAAAAGUCCAACUUGUCCAAGAGGAAGAAAGAGAGAAAGGUAGUGUUAGUUUGUCAGUUUAUUGGAAAUAUAUCAGAACUGCAUACGGAGGUGCCCUUGUGCCCUUCAUAUUGGCGGCACAUAUACUCUUUCAGGCGCUUCAAAUUGGAAGCAAUUAUUGGAUUACGUGGGCAACAUCUGUGUCAGAAUUAGAGAAACCUCCGGUUGGAAGUCGUACACUCAUCAUUGUGUAUGUUUGUUUAGCAAUUGGAAGUUCUUUUUGCAUCCUCGGGAGAUCCGUGUUGCUUGCGACCGCUGGGUACAAGACGGCAACACAACUAUUUAUUAAAAUGCAUCAGUGCAUAUUCCGUGCACCAAUGUCUUUCUUCGAUGCAACACCCUGUGGGCGUAUUCUUAAUAGAGCUUCUACAGACCAAAGUGCAGUUGAUCUGGACAUCCCAUUUCAAGUUGGAACAUUUGCUUUCACCAUGAUUCAACUAGCCAGUAUCAUUGCAGUAAUGUCUCAAGUUGCAUGGCAGGUUUUUGUUGUUUUUAUUCCGGUGAUUGCAAUGUGCAUCUAUUUAGAGCAAUAUUACAUACCUUCAGCACGGGAGUUGGCACGGUUUGUUGGAGUUUGUAAGGCACCAAUAAUACAGCACUUUGCUGAAACCAUAUCAGGAUCAACUACAAUUAGAAGUUUUGAGCAAGAAGCCAGAUUUCGUGAUUUGAAUAUGAAACUGAUAGAUGCAUAUAAUCGGCCAAAGUUUCACACUGCUGGUGCUAUGGAGUGGCUUUGCUUUCGGUUGGAUAUGCUGUCAUUGGUCACUUUUGCCUUUUCUUUGGUCUUCUUGAUCUCUGUUCCAGUUGGAACUAUCAAUGCUAGUGUUGCUGGUUUAGCUGUGACAUAUGGGCUUAAUCUCAACAUGUUGCAAACUUCGGUUAUUUGGAACCUUUGCAGGAUGCAGAAUAAGAUUAUUUCAGUGGAAAGAAUCCUUCAAUACAACACAAUCCCUAUUGAGCCUCCUCUUAUCGUGGAAUCCAACAGACCAGACCCUGAUUGGCCCUCAACUGGAGAGGUUGAUAUCAGAAAUCUUCAGGUUCGGUAUGCUCCACACAUGCCUCUUGUGUUACGAGGCAUCACAUGCACUUUGUUUGGAGGAAAGAAGACUGGUGUAGUUGGGAGGACAGGGAGUGGUAAAUCAACUCUUAUACAGACUAUCUUCCGUAUUGUUGAACCAGCUUAUGGAGAAAUAGCUAUAGAUGGUGUUAAUUUAUCCACGAUUGGAUUGCACGAUUUGCGAUCUAGGUUGAGCAUUAUUCCACAGGAUCCAACCAUGUUUGAGGGCACUGUUCGUAGCAACCUUGAUCCACUUGAAGAGUACUCUGAUGAACAAAUUUGGGAGGCUCUUGACAAGUGUCAACUUGGAGAUGAAGUAAGAAAAAAAGAUGGAAAACUCGAUUCUGCAGUUACUGAGAAUGGUGAGAAUUGGAGCAUGGGUCAAAGGCAGCUCGUUUGUCUUGGCCGUGUGCUACUGAAGAAAAGCAGCAAGAUUUUGGUACUUGAUGAGGCCACUGCAUCAGUCGACACUUCAACAGAUAAUCUGAUACAACGAACUCUCAAUGAACACUUCUCGCACUCCACUGUCAUAACUAUUGCACAUAGGAUAACAUCUGUGCUGGACAGCAACAUGGUCCUGCUAUUAGAUCAUGGUGUAAUUGGGGAGUAUGACACUCCAGAAAAUUUGCUUGAAAACAGAUCAUCAUUGUUUGCCAAGCUUGUUGCAGAAUAUAGCACCCGAUCAAGUUGCAGUUUUGAGAAAUUAUCCUAGGAUUUCAUGCGUGUUGGGGGUUUGUUAUGUGUUGGUGUUACUGGAGAAUGAAGAACUUAGUUUGUUACAGCAAAGAUGAAUCAGUUUCCAACUAUUGAGUACAUGUCAGUGCUGAAUAAAGUUACUUUGCCUUGUUCUUCAGUGUGUGUAUAGACGUAUAGCACUCCCCCAGUUCAUUUGUCUGCAUUCAUUUUAGAUCUUUCCGAUAAAAGUUGUAAUUUGCAAGUGGCAUCCACUUGCUUUACAGCCUUUGAGGUCCAAGAAAGAGUUGACAGUGUAAUGUAUAAUAAUAUUUAAGCUUUUGAAUGCAAUACAAUUUUAAAGCUCCUAACCUUUGUCUUCAACUUCAAAUUGUAAACAAAUCCCAUAUGUUA